AGCUCUGGCUCCGACCCGCUUUAUUUCCAAAAGCCAUGGCAGUGUGGCAGGCGCAGAACAAAAAGGGAUUCAAAGGUGUCUUUAACGCCAAGACACCAUGGCAGCCAGCCGGGAAGGACCAAAGCGCCACCACUUUUGCCGCUUCAGAGGCCAAAGGCGGUGCUGGUGGCAAGGGCAAAGGCGGCAUGGGCAUGAUGGCCGCCAUGGGUAGCAAGGGCAAGGGCAAGGGUGGCCCGAAAGGUGCAAUGAUGAUGAUGGCAGCCCUGAUGAAAGGCAUGAAAGGCAAGGGCAAGGGCAAGAAUCCCAAUCGUGGUAAGGGGCAUACCCUUCCAAGAGAAAGAGUAUCUGAGAAUCCCAUGAUCGGAGAAGUCUUGGAGUGGAAGGGAAAGUAUGGUUGGAUCAAGCCCCAAGAUCCGAUUGAACACGAGAAGGCAAGCAGGCAUGGUGGCAAACUCUUUGUGAGCCAGGGCGACCUGGUUGGUGUCACCGAGCUCUCGGCCGGGCGGCUGGUCCAAUUUCACCUGUGUCUUGGUGAGUCAGAACACCUUUGUGAUGCAGAACUCCGUUUUCUAAUAUCUGCUGAACGGACUGACUUGACUUUCUUUUUCCUGCAAAGAAUGGUGUUCUGGUCUUCAGUCUCUUUAUUAAGAUUUCCAAGGGUCUGCAGGGCUUUUUGCAGUCACAAAAAGUUGCCGAGGUUCGAAGAUUCCUCAGGCCUCGGGGCUGAGGAGGUCCUGCAAGCUUAAGGAUGUUUGCGGCUGCGUUCUGACGGCCCGGACGGUGAAAUGCCAGGACGGCCAUUCCGUGGCACGAGGCUGCCAGGGUGAGCUGUCUGCAAGUCACGAUGCAAAAGCUGCCAAGGCUUUGCAGGCCUUCCUGACCCGCCUCUGAACCUUCCACCUCAAAGUGUUUCCAAACGCGCAGUUCUUGCCCGGGUGUCACAUUGAGAAGCAGCUUUGCUUUGUGACAGAGGCUC